CGCAGACACACGUGGUCCCAGGAAACUGUCAUGGCGGCCGCCUGUAGCUAAUGUGGUGUCCCGACCGAAGGAAAAAUGAUGGCACAUGUUCUCUUUCCCUAGUGGAAGCAACCUUGUGUUAUUGACGUCUUCAAACCAUUUGAGUGUGCUUGUGUGGAAAGAAAAAUGCAUAACAAAGCAGGCUUUUUUCUGUGGAAUCUCCAACAACUCAGUAUUGCUGUUCCAAUGAGCAGAACCAUGAAACUAUAUCCCCUCAGGUUUUGUAGACCAGCAACAGUUUAUUUGAGCUGGAACCCAAAAAGUCAUCUCUUCAAUAACUCUAAUUACAGCAUACAAACAUCUAAUAGACAUCUCUUUCGGACUGCCUCACUAUUUAAAUCAAACAGUUAUACCACUCAAACAAAGCCAAUAAGUACUGUAACAGCCUUUGAAGUUGACAAACACCUUUGUCUUAGAAAACUGUCUUUGUAUUCAAAACAAGCUCUAAUCUCUGAUGAUGGAGUAAAGAAAAGAAGUGUUCAUCAUGAAACUUCCAAUGAAGAUGAUUUCACCAAGGAAACAAAACCAACUGAUACUGACAAUAGAAAGCUGUUUCAGGAGUGUAAUUCCCUGAGUGACGUGUUAGAUAUAUUUGUAGAAGAUCCUACAUUACCUAGUAGUAAAUAUUUUUCAGCAAUGUGGAGAAUUGCCAAAAGGAUGUCCGAUGACCAGAUACGCACUGAAAAACAACUGAUGUUUAACCAUCCUGCCUUUUGCCAGCUAUGUGAACAAGUGAUGCAGGAAGCUAUGGUCAUAUACUUUAACCAGCUGGUCUCCAGUCUUUAUGCUGUGGUGAAGCUUGGAAUUCCUCAGCACACUUUGCUGGUACAGACUUUGCUAAGGGUGGUCCAGGAACGUAUCAAUGAGUGUGAUGGGAAAGGCCUUGCAAUUCUGUCAGCCACUCUAGAGGCCAUGGAGCCGUGCAAGAACGUGGAUGCUCUUCAGGCAGGGUUGCGGAUCCUCGUUGACCAGCAACUUUGGAAUAUAGAAGAAAUCUUUACAUUACAAACUCUGAUGAGAUGUAUUGGAAAAGAUGCACCCACUUCUCUUAAGAGGAAAUUAGAGAUGAAAGCCUUGAGGGAAUUAGACAGAUUUUCUGUCUUGAAUAGCCAGCGUAUGUUUGAGGUACUAGCUGCCAUGAAUUACCGUUCUAUUCCACUUCUGAAUGAAUGCAGUAAAAAGGUCAUAGGUACUAUCCAUGGCUGUCCUUUGAAAGUGUUGAUAAAUAUAAUGCAGUCUUGCAGAGAUCUCCGGUACUAUAAUUCAGAUCUUUUCAGAGCAAUAGCAGAUUAUAUAACUGUAACAUUUGAUGUCUGGAAAUUGAAGCAAGUAAUUUUUCUCCUCAUUGUCUUUGAAAAUCUCGGUUUUCGACCCGUUCACUUAUUGGACACCUUUAUGAAGAAAAUAAUAGAUGAACCUGACAUCCUUAGCAUGAAAAAUAUCACCUGUAUUCUUCACAUAUGCUCUUCUCUCAAUCAUGUCAACAGUUGCCAUACCCAAGAGUUCCUCAAAGUGCUGACUAGUGCUCUAACUGGUUACCUUUUCCACAUCUCUUCUGAGAAUCUGCUGAAUGCUGUGUGCUCACUUUGCUUAAUGAACCAUUUUCCUCUGGCUCCUAUGAAUCAGCUACUCAAACAGGACGUCAUCCAGGAGCUGCUGACGUCAGGUGACACGGAGAGGAAUGCUAACAAACUUGAUAUUUUGGAUCGUUGUCUAAAACUUGAUAUCCCUCAUUAUAAGGCUGUAGAGUUUGUGCUGCCCCAGCUGCCCUCCACACCAUUACCCUCCAAUAAGAAGGCUGAGCAGGUGUUAAGUAUCCUUCUGGGGGAUGGCUACUUCUUAAAACACAUGUGGCUGCCACAUAAUUAUCAAGUAGAUUUUGAAAUUAGAAUGGAUACGAACACGAAUCGAGUGCUUCCAGUUUCUGACUUAGAUGUGGCUACUUCUGCAGAUACUCAAAGAGUGGCUAUUUUGUGCAUUCCUAGAUCUGUUUACUGCUUGAACUCAACUCACCCCAAAGGAUUCUUUGCUAUGAAAUUGCGUCAUUUGAAACUAAUGGGUUUCCAUGUGAUCUUGGUUAACAAUUGGGAGCUGGAGAAACUAGAGAUGGAUGAUGCGAUCACAUUUCUAAAGAAUGAAAUCUAUUCACCCAGAGCUCUCCCUGCAGCUGAUAAUGAAUUUAACAAGCACAUGUUAAAAUAAAAAGCAAUCUUUUCCUAUUAAGGGUUAUACACUUGUAAAAAUAAUUUGAGUAAAGACUAUAGUUCGUUUGUCAA